UGACAACACAGCCCGCCAGCCUCGCGCGUACCUACUCGACGCCCACGUCACAGCCGGACCUCAACGGUUGCACGAGCCGAGCCCUUGCGCAUCUGCACGGCGGCCCUCAGUCUCAUGUAUAGUCAUUUGUGAUGAUGGUUAUGCUCACGGGUGGGCAGGUUUCCAUGGCCAUUUCCUCCGGCAUCGUGGUCGUCUUCACUUUUCUCCUCUUCCUCGCCGGCUACAUCCUCCAGCAGCAGACUGUGCGCGGCCUGCAAGACGCCAUCAAGCCUCGUAUACCCUCGCCCAUCGCCUCCAAGGCCCCUACCGAACCCUUCGACCCCGCCGCGAGGUUAUCCAGACGACUUGGCUACCGAGACCCCAGAUAUGACACGCUGCUGGACGAAACCCUGAUCAACUGGCGCAAGCUCGGAUACGUGCAGCUGGUGAAGGAUCAUGCCGAGGUCUGCACCGCCGUCAUGCUCUUUGCGGAGCUGCACCGCGAGAAGAGCCCCGCGACCCGCAUCUUGAUGUUUCCCAGGAGCUGGAUCGAGGACGGAGACGAGAUUGAUCCGUACGUGGAGACAACCAGAAGGCUGUUGAGGGCAGCUGUGAGAAGAUACAAGGUCGUUUUGAGGCCAAUGGGCACAAUUGUCAAGGGCGCAGACGAAUCGCUUCCUUCCUCGUAUUCCCUUGCCAGUAUCUUCUCUCUCGCAGACUUUGAUCGCCUUCUCUAUCUCGCGCCGUCCGGCGUCAUAAUCGACUCGCUAGCGAUGGAUUCGUUACUCGCCUUUUCCGAGCCCCAGCAGCUCGCUGCGCUACCGGCAGAGGACUCUCCCUCGAAGAUCUCGACACAUUUCAUGCUAUUUCAACCUUCGUCGUCCACCUUCUCCAAGCUCUCCAGCGUCCGAGCCGAACACCCGAGCAACGAUCAUGCUCUCUUCCAAGAGCUAUUCCCCGCCGCGACGUCGAUUCUCCCGCCAAUGCCGCACCUCGAGGUAACGCUUUACUACGAAUCGCCGGCGCUUCGACACCUGGCGGAUCCCGAAGCCUUCAACUCGACCGAGUUUUUGGCGUCGACGGCCUACGUGCGGCUGUCGGAUCCGGAGCUCCCAGGCCCUGAGUACGACGUGCCGUACGGCGAGAUGGUGCAAUUGCGACCGCAACAGGCAGAGGCGCGGUGGGCGUGGGAGAAGCUGUACAGCAAGUUUCGCGAGAGGCGGAUGGACGUGUGCGGGCUGGAGCUGUUGACGUGGCGUCGAGGUCCGAGGGUGCAGCAGGAGGGCGAGCUAUGAAGGAAAGUAGGUCUAGGGAGAUUUGGGGUUGUAGAUAGAUAUUAGUAUUCUCCGAGACUCGUAGCAAAACGGACAGGCGAAGGGGAAAAAGGAAAAAAAGGCGAGAUAAAGGCAGGCCUUCGCUCCGCCGCAUGCGGAGCCGUGGUAGCUUGGGCGGUGACGUUCUCAGGCCGUCAGCGUAUAAUUAGCAGGCCGGUCGAGGAGUGGAAGAUCCUCAGGACGUGGGCUUGAUCCCGGCGCGGUCUAGCCAGCGAGGCCUCUUAUUAUUUAGGCGGUGCCCAUGGCCCGCCCGUCGGUCGCGCUGCCCCCCCCUCCUCCUGCUCCUGCUGCUGCCAGAGCCAGCCAGCCCAACCUUGAACCCUCGCCCAGCGGACCGAUAGUCGAGCGUCAUCCGGACCGCCGCCGUCCCUACCCCCCCUCCAUAAUUGCACCUAGUUUCUCUGCGCUGGCCACGCCUUUUGCAGCCCUUUAUACUCCGUCCAGCACCCCCGCAGCC